AUGCGGACGCGGUGCUGGACGCGGUCUGCUGGCGCGGCACCGCCGGGCGGCUCGGGAUCGCGCCCGAAGACGGGCUCGAGGUCAUCGCCACCGGCAAGAUCAGCACGUAUCCGGGGGCGCUCACGCUAUCAGAUCGUGGUCGAGCGGCUGGAGCUGUCCGGCGCAGGCGCCCUGCUCGCGCUCUUGGAGGCGCGCAAGAAGGCGCUCGCCGCCGAGGGCCUCUUCGACGAGGCGCGUAAGCGCGAACUGCCCUACUUGCCGGAGACCAUCGGCGUCGUGACAUCGCCCACGGGCGCCGUGAUCCGCGACAUCCUGCAUCGCAUCGAAGACCGCUUCCCCCGCCGCGUGCUGGUCUGGCCGGUCACGGUCCAAGGCGCGGGCGCGGCCGAGGAGAUCGCCGCCGCGAUCGCGGGCUUCAACCGCCUCGAUGCAGCCACGCCGGUGACCGCGGCCCGACGUGCUGAUCGUCGCCCGCGGCGGCGGCAGCCUGGAAGACCUCUGGGCCUUCAACGAGGAAGUCGUGGUGCGCGCCGCGGCAGCGAGCGACAUCCCGCUGAUCGCCGCCGUGGGGCACGAGACCGACGUGACGCUGAUCGACCUUGCCGCCGACCUCCGGGCGCCGACGCCGACCGCGGCCGCCGAGAUCGCCGUGCCGGUGCGCGCCGACCUUUUGGAGCGUACGCACACCCUGGAGCAUCGGCUCGGUGCGUCGUUCCGCCGGCUCAUCGCCGAGCGGCGCGCGCGCGUCGACGGGCUCGGGCGCGGCCUGCCGGCGGCGCGGGACCGGCUGACCACCGCGAGCCAGCGGCUCGACGACUGGUCGGAGCGGCUCGCCCGCGGGGUGCGCGGCCGGCUCGGGGCCGAGCGACAGGCCGUCGGCCGGCUGAGGCCGCUCCGUCCGCGCCAGCUCCUCGCCCUCAAGCACCAGCAGCUCGCGCACGCCACCGGUCACCUCUCGGCCGACCGUCUCGCCCAGCGCCUCGGCCAAGCGCGCCAGGCGAGCGACCUGCUGGCGGUGCGCCUAGGCAGGGCCGGGCGCGCGGCGUUGAGCGAGCGGGCGGCACGGAUCGGGACCGCGGCGCGUCUGCUCGAAAGCUAUUCCUAUCGGGGCGUGCUCGCGCGCGGCUUUGCGGUCGUGCGCGACCAGCGGGAGCGGCCCGUGACCAGCGCGGCAGCGGUGAAGCCGGGCGCCGGGCUCUCCCUCGAAUUCCACGAUGGCCGCGCCGCCGCCCGCGCCACCGGCCGGCCCAAGCGCCGCAAGGCCGGACGGGACGAGGACGACGGCGGGCAGGCGCCGUUGCUCUGAGGGCUGGCGCCCGAGCUUGCUUGCGUGCGCGCAGGUGCGUCGCCACUAUGACCACACGAUGA